UCCCCCUCCUCUCCCCCCUCCUCCCCCUGCAGCAGCAGCAGCAGUGCUGUUUAAAGCCCGCACUCAGGGCGGGAGACGAGUGACAAUCGGAGGACGUCGUCGAGUGUCUGUGUCUGUGUCUGUGUGUGAGGCCGUCAGUGGUUCAACGUCAACGGUUAGGUCUGUGAACUCGGAGCCAGGGAGCGGACGCUGCCUCUUGUUCUGCUCUCCAUCCUCCUAGUGGACACUCGUGUCAUGGCGUCGUCGCUGAUCAGCCGUCAGCUGGUUCUGUCCCUGCAGAAAAACCUCUGGCGCAGUGCCCCAGGAUGCAGGUACGUCAGCAAGGCUGCCCCACAGACCCAGCAGGAGUGGGAGUACGAUGGACCCUCCAUGAAAACUUCAGUUCCUGGUCCACGAUCACAGGAGCUCACAAAACAACUGGGGGAAAUCCAGAAUGUCGGGGCGGUCAACUUCUUCUGUAACUACGAGGAGAGCAGAGGGAACUACCUGGUGGACGUGGACGGGAACCGCAUGUUGGACAUGUACACCCAGAUCUCCUCCAUCCCUAUUGGCUACAACCAUCCUGCUCUCCUCAAACUGAUGGCCAACCCCAACCAUCUGAGUACACUGGUGAACCGUCCCGCCCUGGGGAUCCUGCCUCCAGAGAACUUUCCAGACAAACUCACCGAAAGUCUUCUCUCGGUGGCCCCCAGUGGAAUGACCCGGGUUCAGAACAUGGCCUGUGGCUCCUGCUCCAACGAGAACGCCUACAAGGCCAUGUUCAUCUGGUACAGGAACAAGGAGCGCGGCGUCAGCGGACCUUCUGAUGAAGACCUCAGCUCUUGUAUGAUAAACCAGUCUCCAGGUUGUCCAGACCUCAGCAUCAUGUCUUUCAUGGGAGGUUUCCACGGAAGAACCCUGGGUGUGUUGGCGACAACGCACUCAAAGGCCAUUCACAAGCUGGACAUCCCGUCCUUCGACUGGCCCAUCGCUCCGUUCCCCAGGCUGCAGUAUCCACUGGAGGAGUUCACCAGAGAGAACCAGCAGGAGGAGGAGCGCUGCCUAGAGGAGACGGAGGAUCUGAUCGUGAAGUGGAGACAGAAGGGAAAGCCCGUGGCUGGGAUUGUAAUCGAACCAAUCCAGGCUGAGGGUGGAGAUAACCACGCCUCUGCAAACUUCUUCAGGAGCCUCCGCAACAUCGCACGCAAGCACGGCUGUGCCUUCCACGUGGAUGAAGUCCAGACAGGUGGGGGCACCACGGGGAAGUUCUGGGCGCAUGAGCACUGGGGCAUGGACGACCCCGCUGACAUCGUCUCCUUCAGCAAGAAGAUGCUGACCGGUGGCUACUACCACAAGACAGACCUACAGGCCGACAAGGCAUACCGCAUCUUCAACACGUGGAUGGGCGACCCCUCCAAGACCCUGCUGCUGGGUGAGGUUCUGAAUGUGAUCCGCACAGAGAGGCUCCUGGAGGAAACGGCUCGCUCAGGAAAAGCUCUGCUGAACGGUCUUUACGAUCUGCAGACUCGGUAUCCCAGCAUCCUCAGUCGGGCUCGAGGGCAGGGAACCUUCUGUGCCAUCGACAUCCGUGAUGAUGAAACGCGGAACAAAGUCCUGCUCAAGGCCAGAGACAAAGGUGCCCUCAUGGGAGGAUGUGGAGACAAGUCCAUCCGUUUCCGUCCAGCGCUGGUUGCAAAGGAGUACCACAUUCAGAUCCUGCUCAACGUCCUCAACGACGUGUUGGCCCAGAUCAAAUAAGUCCUGAAUCUGGAGGAGGAUGAAGAAGAGUGAAUCCAGAGAGGAGGAGGAGGAGGAGCAGGAGGAGGAGGCGGGGCUCCAGACAGCUAAUCACGAUAAGCACAAUCCAGCCAAUAACUCAACAGAUGAAACCUCUGUCUCAAAGACCCGGUCUCCACGUCAGUGAUAACGGACCUUGAUUUGUCCUAUAGAUACAGAAAUGAAAUGUUGUUAUGUUACGAUCCAGGAAGUACCUCUCAGAGCAGGCGUCAGUGGGUAACAGGAGCGCUGUCACAGCCCACGUGGGUUGGUCCAAAACAAAUUUUAAAAAGUGGUCUGGUUCAGGGUCCAGUGUGUGACAUUUAGGGAGGUUGAAUUUUGAUAAAGCCUAAAAAAAAAA